UAAUAACUGGGACUUUAGAGCUGACCUAUCCCCUCAGUGUUAGUUCACGGUGUUCUCUGCAAGAGGUAGGAGGGGGCAGGCAGCAAGAGCCUCAACACUUUACCUCCCACUAUCCACCCUGCUCAACGGCUGACAUGACCAGCACUCAGUAGAUAUGAGGACAACAGCAGCAUCCUGAGCUGACAAAGAAACACUUCAUGGAAGGAACAAGAGGCUGGCCCUCUGAUCAGCAGUACUUCCUUAAGAUGCACCUCCCCAGGAUCAAGAAGAGAACCCAGUCACCCCACAGAGAGACCGUUUCCCCUGUCCUCUCAUACUACUCAGAGCCAGCCUACCUGCAGCACCGUAAGGAUGUGACUAGAGAUCUGGCCCCGCUGCCUGGUGGAACGAGAAGAGGAGCGCUGGAGGAGGAAGACCAGGAAGAGACGCUGAGCCUACGGAGCAUGCCCAGUAUGAGAAGCACCCUGAGUCACGCCUCAAAGGUGAAAAGGUCACGGGGGUUCCCGAAGAGACACACCAUCCCCGAGCUCAGACUGCCCCCUGUUACUAAGAUUCAUCCUGACCCCAGAGCCAGUCUGGAAUUGAGGGGAACUGGCUACCUGGGAUGUUCCAGACUUCCACCCAUCAUCAAAUCUACCAGAACCCAUGAGCCUCUGCACCAGGAGAGACCCCCAGGUCCAGCUGGGUACAGGCCUGAGAAGAAGGGAGAUGUCACCCCUGGACUUCCAGAGAAGGAGGCUGUUGGUCUGAAGAAGCAGGGAGACAUUCCCCCUGGACUUCCAGAGAAGGAGGCUGUUGGUCUGAAGAAGCAGGGAGAUGUCACCCCUGGACUUCCAGAGAAGGAGGCUGUUGGUCUGAAGAAGCAGGGAGACAUUCCCCCUGGACUUCCAGAGAAGAAGGCUGUUGGUCUGAAGAAGCAGGGAGACAUUCCCCUGGACUUCCAGAGAAGGAGGCUGUUGGUCUGA